AUUAAAACCUAAUCUGCCAACCUGAAUGACUCUAUAAAAGCAUCCUCUCCCACCAUCACUUCCAUUGCAAUUUGCAUCCUUAACCAUCAUUGGCACAUAGGUGUUUGUUUAUUGCUACACUAAACACAUGGAAGCUCUCAAGAACUUCUUCUUAGCCCUUUUUGUUGUCUCAGCUUCAGCAUUGUAUUCAGCCAACGCCAAGAUCCAAGAGCAUGAGUUUGUUAUUCAAGCAACACCAGUGAAGAGGCUGUGCAACACACACAGCACCAUCACAGUGAAUGGACAAUUCCCAGGCCCAACAUUGGAAGUCAACAAUGGAGACACCUUGGUCGUCAAAGUCACUAACAAAGCUCGUUACAAUGUGACCAUUCACUGGCACGGAAUUCGACAAAUGAGAACAGGAUGGGCUGAUGGACCAGAAUUUGUGACUCAGUGUCCCAUUCGUCCUGGAGAAAGUUACACCUAUCGUUUCACCAUUCAAGGACAAGAGGGAACACUUUGGUGGCACGCUCAUAGUUCAUGGCUCAGAGCCACUGUUUAUGGUGCUUUAAUCAUUCACCCCAAAGAAGGAGAGGCAUAUCCUUUCCCUAAGCCCAAGCGCGAGACACCCAUUCUUCUAGGGGAAUGGUGGGACGCAAACCCUAUCGAUGUCGUGAGACAAGCCACACAAACAGGAGCAGCACCCAAUAUUUCUGAUGCGUAUACUAUCAAUGGUCAACCUGGCGAUCUUUACAAGUGCUCUAGCCAAGGAACCACCAUUGUUCCGAUAGAUUCUGGUGAGACGAACCUCCUCCGAGUGAUCAACGCAGCACUGAACCAACCCUUAUUCUUCAGCGUGGCGAACCACAAACUGACGGUGGUUGGUGCGGACGCCUCGUACCUGAAACCCUUCACGACCAACGUCAUCAUGCUAGGACCAGGCCAAACCACCGAUGUUCUCAUUCAAGGUGACCAACCCCCCUCACGCUACUACAUGGCCGCACGUGCCUACCAAUCCGCGCAAAACGCAGCGUUUGACAACACCACCACCACAGCCAUUCUCCAAUACAAAUCAGCCCCGUGUCCCGCUAAAGGUUCUUCGAUCAAACCCCUCAUGCCUUCUCUGCCACCCUACAACGACACCAACACCGUCACUUCCUUCAGCAGAAGCUUCCGAAGCCCCAGAAAGGUGGAAGUCCCUACCGAAAUCGACGAGAACCUCUUCUUCACCAUUGGCCUCGGACUCAACAAUUGCCCCCCCAAUUUCAGCAAGAGCCAGUGCCAGGGACCCAACGGCACGCGUUUCACCGCCAGCAUGAACAACGUGUCGUUUAUUCUCCCCAGCAACGUUUCCAUCUUGCAGGCGCACCACCUUGGAGUGCAGGGAGUGUUCACGGCUGAUUUCCCCACGCAGCCUCCGCUGAAAUUUGAUUACACCGGUAACGUGAGUCGUUCUCUGUGGCAACCUGUUCCCGGGACUAAGGUGACCAAGUUGAAGUUUGGAUCCAGGGUGCAGAUUGUGUUGCAGGAUACUAGCAUUGUCACCCCCGAGAACCACCCCAUUCACCUUCAUGGCUACGAUUUCUACAUCGUCGCUGAAGGCUUUGGGAACUUUGACCCCAAGAAAGAUACUUCUAAGUUCAACCUUGUUGAUCCACCCAUGAGGAACACGGUCGCAGUACCAGUUAAUGGAUGGGCUGUCAUCAGAUUUGUUGCCGACAACCCUGGUGCUUGGAUUAUGCAUUGUCACUUGGAUGUUCACAUUGGGUGGGGUUUGGCGACUGUGCUCUUGGUGGAUAAUGGAGUAGGCCUGUUGCAAUCCAUAGAGCCCCCUCCGGAGGACCUGCCUCUAUGUUAGGAUUAUCAAAAUCAAAAUUAUUGAAUUUGUUACUAUAGUUGGUAAUUUUUCCUAGUUCAUUGUUGUUUCCCUGUAUUAGGGGGUAUUUCUCCUUUUCCUCUGUUUUGUUGUUCUUUUCGUAUAGAGAAAACCAGGGUUUAAAAGAGAUGGUGGUGUGACUUCGACACCAAAUGCCGAUUGAUUAAAUUCAUGUUAGUUGUUUUUUCCUCAUUGUGUUUAAUGUUAUAAACAAAGAUGAAUUUUGACCA